CACAGCCUUUUUCGUCUCCUCUCUUUUUUUUUAUGACCGUCAGCUAUAAAUGGCUGAGAGGGGUGUUUGAGGACUGAUGUAGCUCAGUGUCGUUAGGACAGAGACAGGAGAAUGAUCAGACCUACAGCUACAACAUUCAGCUUAGUGCUACUGCUGUACUGCUCUCUGUCUCACAGUCUCACACAGUUCAACACUGUGACUGGAAGGAUACCUGAUGACAAACAGGAGACGACUUCCUGGAGGUUCAGGAACCUAUCAUCUGUUCCUGAGGGGCUGGACGUGAGGCUGAGGGAGCUGGAUCUGUCCAACAACAUUAUAAGACAUAUAAACAGCCAGAGUCUGACUGUUCCAUCCCUACUGAGACUGGACCUCAGCUACAACCAGCUAGAGAUCAUAUCUGAAGGGGCUUUCAGAGAUGUGGCCCAGCUUCAAGAGCUGAACUUGGCCAGGAAUGCAUUGAGCCACAAUGUGGACAGUACCAGCCGAGCUCUUGGGUCUCUCCACAGACUGAGGAGGUUGGAUAUCUCUCUGAACGGUCUGGAUGAUGACACGGCGGGACUUUACCUUCGUGACAAAUCAAUUCUAGAAAGCCUAGAUCUCACGGGCAACGGUUUGACGCGACUCAGGCCCAAGCUGUUUGCAGAGAGCCUGAGCGUGAGAAGCAUUCGCAUCGAGAACAAUCUGAUCGCGGCAAUAGAGGAGGGAACGUUUGAACCGUUGAAGAAACUCAAGAUCUUAAAUUUAGCCAGAAAUAAUCUAGUCUACAUCUGUGAUUUUAAACUCCAUCAGGUGAAACUCUUGAAUCUUAGCAGGAAUUCCAUAGAGUUCUUUGUCACCCGUGAGGACGGUCACCCAUACGAGCUGGAGAUCUUAGAUCUGAGCUUCAACAACCUCCUCUAUUUCCCCAUGGUCCCCAAGACCAACCGGUUGAGAUACCUCCACCUACAGAGCAACAUGGUGGGGACCUUAGAGACAGACACCUUAAUAUCAGAGGCAGACUCUCUGUACAGAGAACUAACAAGUGAAGAUGAGGUAAAUGAUGCUGUAGACAACAACAACAUAUACUCUAACUGGAAACUGAUGCCGUUAGUUUACAUGGACCUCAGUAGUAACCACUUCAGGUCUCUACCUGUGGAGACUCUGAGCCAUCUGACCUCUUUGGUGACGCUGAACCUCAGCAAGAACUGUCUACAGGACAUCAGCUUUAACACAACGAAGGGAGGCCAUGUUGGAGGCUACCACCAACCUUCCUUGACCUUUCCGUCUCUACGCUACUUCGACCUGCAGAACAACGGUCUUCGACAACUCUCCACCUUCUUCCUGGAAGCCCUACCAAACAUAGAGACAUUAAACCUGAAGGAGAACUCUGUGAGGCCUUGUGAUCCAAAGGACCAACUGGGACCAUCUGAGACAACGAGAGUUAGUCUUAAUAGUAUGUCCCCUUGUGUUUCCUUCUGGAAUAUCAAAACUCUGAGAAGUCUAGAUCUCCAAGACAACGGGAUCAAAACACUCCAUCAGAACACAUUUGAAGGAACCCCUUUGGUUUCUCUCAACCUGGCCAGUAAUGUAGAUCUAAUCUUUGAUAUUGGCGCUCUAGAAGGGUUGCAGAGUAGUCUCCAGUCUCUGAGUAUCAGUGGGAACAGCAUGACAACCUCUGCCUUGUCUCUGCCUUGUCUGAAAGCAUUGAGACGACUCAACAUGUCCAACAACAACGUAGACGUCCUCCCGGGCAUCAUCAGCUGUUCUCCUUUGACGGAGCUUGACCUGAGAAAUAACGGGCUAACGUCUAUGAAUGAAUCUGUGGUUGAUCGUUUGUCUCUAUAUCUUGAUGUGUUGUAUGUCAGUGGCAACUCUUUCAACUGCUGUGACACCAAAUGGCUAAAAACCCUAAACAGAGAGAAAGUGAAUAUUCCGGACCUUGACCAUGCUGUGUGCCUCAGUGUCAAUGGUACUCUGUUGACUGGCCUUCUGCGUAACCAUUCACUGCACUGUUCAUUGGAACUUAGCCCAAAGAUAACAGAACCAAACCUUGGGCAAAUAAUAAUAAUAAUGUUGUUUGUGUCGACAGUAUUGAUAACAUUAGUUGUAUUUGUGAAGAAGGUUUGUUGCAACACGGGGUCAUUAAUUGUGUAAUGAUUGUGCAUGUAAAACCAAGAGCUGUGUUCGAAUACCCAUACUAACAUACUGUAUACUACAUACUUAAUGUAUAUAUUACAUACUAUUUGUUAAUUUUAGUAUACUGAAUACUACAUACUUAAUGUAUAUAUUACAUACUAUUUGUUAAUUUUAGUAUACUGUAAACUACAUACUCAAUGUAUAUAUUACAUACUAUUUGUUAAUUUUAGUAUACUGAAUACUACAUACUUAAUGUAUAUAUUACAUACUAUUAGUUCAUUUUAGUAUACUCUUGCUCCUGUGACAUAUUACUAGUUCGACCUACUGAAGAGGGAGGGGACUACCGGAGAGGGAGGGGACUACCGGAGAGGGAGUGGACUACCGGGAGAGGGAGGGGACUACCGGAGAGGGAGAGGACAACCUGAGAGUGUGCUCUAGGUGUAAAUUCAGAGGGGACACUGGACGCUCUUGCCGAGGAGUAGGCUUGCUGGUUAACGUUGGCUAGCUACUUCCAGAAACAAAUGAGAGCACCUCACUCUGACCAUUUUACUCACCCUAGCAGAGCUGUUUUCAUGUUAUCCAGAGUGUUGAUGACUGUAACUGUGCUACUGGCAACAAUUUAAUUAUGCUUUUUUCUCGCCGACGUUUAUCAGUUAUUCUGCGCUCUGGCACACUGGGUGUGUUCGUUCUGGUGGACCAGAGUGUUGUCAGAUUGUUACAUUUAGAACAGACAAAUUGCCAAAAUAACAUGGAACGUAACUUCUUUGACAAGUCAUGACUUUAUUAAAUUGCUCUUCCGCUCUCCUACGACAUCGGCUGCAUACUUUACACUCCCAUUUUCUGAAGGAUUACAUUAUGGGACCAAAAAGCACGGAAAUAAUGUCCACUGCUUGUAUACCAUGACCAAUAAACAUACUAUAUACUACAUACUACAUACUACAUACUCAAAUGACGUCACAAAUAGUAUGGUUAGUGCGUUUGUAUGAGUAUUCGAACACAGCUGGUUUGUUGUUGUUGGCAGUUAUCUGCAGCUAUUCAGCUAUUAGGUUUACUCCAGGUGAUAACAUCAAUGCAUUAGACUAUUAGGUUUACUCCAGGUGAUAACAUCAAUGCAUUAGACUAUUAGGUUUACUCCAGGUGAUAACAUCAAUGCAUUAGACUAUUAGGUUUACUCCAGGUUAUAACAUCAAUGCACGAGACUAAUGCCCACAUCUCAGAGGUUGUUGUGGCUAAAUAUGCCACGCUAACAUGUGUCCACUGAUAGCCUAGGGAUACAUUCUGAUCCAUAGACACCAUACUUCCUUAAUGUCAGUCAAUCAACCACACAUCAAGUCAUGUCACUCUGAUAGUAAUGAGCUUGUCUCCAGGCUGAGCGAGAGAGAGAGGAGUUUAUCAUCUACUUGGCCAUGUUAACAUAUGUUUCCCAUGUUGAAGAUGAGAAGCUGAAGUUGCACAUGCUGGUACCUUUUCACGGUGCAUUUCUCCUCUCCUGUCUGUUGGUUUUUAGUAAUGAAGCCCCGAGUAUGUCACAAAAACGUCCAUUGAUAUGCUCAAGGACUGGUGAGUUCUGGAAAAUGUGGAUGUUUUCAAGCAGGAGCUGCUGGUAGUAAAUGCUGCACAUGCAGCAACCAUCAUAACAUGCAAUAUAGAAGCUGAGGAAGGAGCAAAACCCCAUAAAUACACAGAGGAAUGUGUAUACUUUUUCAAAAAGCAUUCUCUGAAUUUGGUGCACUGCCCCUUUAACCAACCACCUCUGGUUCAGUUCUCAUAACAUCUUUGGUUGAGUUGAGUAGCGACCCAUCCUUCAGGGCAGGUGAGACAGAGCUGUUUAGCUAACAAAAAUAUACACUGCUCAACAAAAGAAAGGGAACACUUAAACAACACAAUGUAACUCCACGUCAAUCACACUUCUGUGAAAUCAAACUGUCCACUUAGGAAGCAACACUGAUUGACAAUAAACUUCACAUGCUGUUGUGCAAAUGGAAUAGACAACAGGUGGAAAUUAUAGGCAAUUAGCAAGACACCACCAAUAAAGGAGUGGUUCUGCAGGUGGUGACCACAGACCACUUCUCUGUUUCUAUGCUUCCUGGCUGAUGUUUAGGUCACUUUUGAGUGCUGGCUGUGCUUUCACUCUAGUGGUAGCAUGAGACGGAGUCUACAACCCACACAAGUGGCUCAGGUAGUGCAGCUCAUCCAAGAUGGCACAUCAAUGUGAGCUGUGGCAAGAAGGUUUGCUGUGUCUGUCAGCGUAGUGUCCAGAGCAUGGAGGCGCUACCAGGAGACAGGCCAGUACAUCAGGAGAUGUGGAGGAGGCCGUAGGAGGGCAACAACCCAGCAGCAGGACCGCUACGUCCGCCUUUGUGCAAGGAGGAGCAGGAGGAGCACUGCCAGAGCCCUGCAAAAUGACCUCCAGCAGGCCACAAAUGUGCAUGUGUCUGCUCAAACGGUCAGAAACAGACUCCAUGAGGGUGGUAUGAGGGCCCGACGUCCACAGGUGGGGGUUGUGCUUACAGCCCAACACCGUGCAGGACGUUUGGCAUUUGCCAGAGAACACCAAGAUUGUCAAAUUCGCCACUGGCGCCCUGUGCUCUUCACAGAUGAAAGCAGGUUCACACUGAGCACGUGAUAGACGUGACAGAGUCUGGAGACGCUGUGGAGAACGUUCUGCUGCCUGCAACAUCCUCCACCAUGACUGGUUUGGCGGUGGGUCAGUCAUGGUGUGGGGUGGCAUUUCUUUGGGGGGGCCGCACAGCCCUCCAUGUGCUCGCCAGAGGUAGCCUGACUGCCAUUAGGUACCGAGAUGAGAUCCUCAGACCCCUUGUGAGACCAUAUGCUGGUGCGGUUGGCCUGGGUUCCUCCUAAUGAAAGACAAUGCUAGACCUCAUGUGGCUGGAGUGUGUCAGCAGUUCCUGCAAGAGGAAGGCAUUGAUACUAUGGACUGGCCCGCCCGUUCCCCAGACCUGAAUCCAAUUGAGCACAUCUGGGACAUCAUGUCUCGCUCCAUCCACCAACGCUAUGUUGCACCACAGACUGUCCAGGAGUUGGUGGAUGCUUUAGUCCAGGUCUGGGAGGAGAUCCCUCAGGAGACCAUCCGCCACCUCAUCAGGAGCAUGCCCAGGCGUUGUAGGGAGGUCAUACAGGCACGUGGAGGCCACACACACUACUGAGCCUCAUUUUGACUUGUUUUAAGGACAUUACAUCAAAGUUGGAUCAGCCUGUUGUGUGGUUUUCCACUUUAAUUUUGAGUGUGACUCCAAAUCCAGACCUCCAUGGGUUGAUAAAUUUGAUUUCCAUUGAUAAUUUUUGGGUGAUUUUGUUGUCAGCACAUUCAUUAUUUUAGUGUUCCCUUUAUUUUUUUGAGCAGUGUAUAUAUAUAUUUCUUUCUUUUUGUUUGUUUGUGUUGUUGUUGCCUAUUUUGUUAUUUUGGCAUUAAUACGUGUCACAUAUCAGUUUGCAAACAAUGUAGAAAAGGGGGACAAGACUUAAUAACAUAUAAUCACUUAACAUAUGAACAUCUUCUUGUUUUCUAGAGGCAGCUCCUAAACGCAGAUGUUCCAGCUCAGUGAUCCCUGUAGAGGUGGGGUUACCAGAGGAAAAUAUGGAGCGUAGGGUUUGGUAAUGUUCUCUAGUUGCGUUGUGAUUGGCUCAGUGUUCUGUCACUCAUGGGGACACUACGUCGCCGCAAAAUCUACACGGAGAGUUUGAAAAUUCAAGCCCCUUGGGUGCUGCCAUAGAUUUACAUUAGAAGGGCCCAUCCAAGAAGACUCAAUGUCAUUGGCCACAGAUAAAAUUAUGUCAAAUCACAUUAUAUCUACCGUACCUUUGAUUGGACUGAUCAUGUCAACAUCAUACUUUCAAAAUUUUAGCUUGCAGUCCUCAUCAUCAAUCAUGUAGACAAUCUUCUGGCAAAUCCUCUUCAAUCCUUGUCAUAUGAAGAGAAAUUAUAGAUAAAACGUAACGGUGCUCAUUAGACAUUGGACAUAAACAUUACACAACAAGUUGGAAAUCGCAAAUCCAACAAUGAGUUGUUUGGAAGGAAUGAGUGUCAAACUUCAAGCUUUGCACUAGCCUGCUAUUCAGUGGAGAGGGUGUCCAAGUUUCUAGGGUCAUUUUCAGCCCUUCCUGAACCGGAGACCAGAAACAGGCUACCUGAGGGCAAUACCAAAAUAAAUGAUUCUGUAUCCUCACAACAAAAUCAGCAGAGCUUCGAUGAUUUUAUGCCCCAAAUAUUCAACAUUUUGUUGGUGGGAAGAAUUCUAUAAAAUAUUUUUAGCUGAAAAGCA